CGGUACGAGACGCCAAAACUGCAGACGAAGCCCUCUGAAUCAAUUAGUUGGCUGAAUGCAGAAGGUGUGGCCGGUCUAAUGAGUGAGCAGGACUCCAAUCUGGCUGCCAAUUCCGCCGCUGCCGGCAACCUCUACGCCGUCAGUGCCGCCAACAACCUGCUUGCCUCCGACAGUAAGCUUAGUCUCCUCGGCGCAAACGUCGUCUCCGGCUCGACAAAGCGCGCCUGUAUCACUGCCUACAGU